AUGAGCAACAAUAUGCUCGAGGGGGAACUAGGACCAGAGUUCGGGUCUUUUCAGAACUUAACUACACUGAGGUUAAGUUACAAUUAUUUCAAAGGUGGGAUUCCUUCUCAUCUUUUCAAACUCAAAUCUCUGCGAGUUCUUGAUUUGAGUGAUAAUACUCUCAAGGGGGGUUUAAGUGUUGAAGUUGGAAAACUUCUAAAUCUUGAAUCACUUAUCUUGAGUGCCAAUUUUCUUUCGGGAAAAUUACCAGAAGAGAUUGGAAAAUUAACUAAGUUAAGAGAAUUAUUAUUGCAAAAUAAUAAAUUCUCAAGUGGAGUCCCAUCUUCAACUGCAAACCUCAAGAAUCUAGAAACACUAGAUUUGUCUCAUAAUUCUUUUUCGAUGCAAAUUCCGGCUUCCAUAGGGACAUUACCCAACAUUACUGCAGUUGAUCUCAGUAACAACAAAUUCACAGGUCCAAUUCCAUCAUCCAUGCAAAACAUGAGCAAGUUAGUAAUCCUUCGGCUCCACAACAACAAGCUCGUUGGAAAAAUUCCUACCUGGUUAUUCAAUUUCACAUCUCUAGAUACAUUGUUCAUUGGCGGAAAGGGAAACGGCUUAACUUGGAAUAACAAAGCUAAGUUUAUUCCAAAUUAUAGUCUAAAGUUCCUCUCUCUGAUUUCUUGUAACAUUUCCGGUCAAUUUCCAGAAUGGAUUUCUUCUCAAAAACGUUUGAUUUAUCUUGAUUUGAGCCAGAAUAAUAUAGAAGGAAGAUAUCCAGAUUUUCUUAUAGGGGGGAAGUUUCAAAUAAUAUACCUUUCUGAAAACAAGCUUACCGGAUUAAUCCCACCUCUUCUGAUUGAAUCCGCGAAUUUGUUAGUGCUUGAUUUGUCUAGGAACAAUUUUUAUGGGGAGUUGCCAGAAAAUAUAGGCAACGCCAAAAAGAUUGGUUAUCUUUCUUUAUCUGAAAAUAACAUUUCAGGACAAAUUCCAAUGUCCAUCUUCAAGAUUGACACUCUAAUAUAUCCAGACUUGUCCACAAAUAGACUUUUCGGUGACAACUUACCUCUUUUUGGAGACAAAUCUAUGUUGCAUACCCUAGAUUUGUCCUACAACAAUUUCUCUGGUAAUAUCCCAAUAAAUUUUCCUAAAGGAAUCCGACAUCUUUAUUUAUGUGGGAAUAAGUUUUCUGGAAACUUGCCUUGGUAUUGGACUAGAUUGGUCGACCUACGAGUUCUUGAUUUCCAUGGAAACAAUAUUACCGGAAAAUUACAGGAUACCCUCCCUCAAAACCAAGCUCUUGAAGCUCUUAUCCUAAGAAAUAAUUCUCUUGAAGGAUACAUCCCAAGCAACAUCUACAACCUCACGUCUCUUAGAAUACUUGAUCUCUCAUGCAACAACCUAACUCGAAGUCUUCCACAGGAGAUGACAAACCUUCCAAUAAUGAUGGAAACUCAUCAGAUUCCUACACUCUUUCCCACUUCACAUUCCAUUUUGGCUAUAGAUAGAGAUUUUACCUAUAGGGACUUAGUUGUAACUUGGAAGAAAUCUUUUCAAGGCCUAGCAUUCCAUAACUUUGAUACCUACACUUUGUUGGACGUAUCACACAACAAAAUAUCUGGUGAAAUUCCGUCAUCGUUGGGCAAUCUCAAAGCCUUAAAAUUGUUCAACAUUUCACACAAUAGGAUUUCGGGGCAUAUUCCAGUGUCUUUCGGUGAUCUACAGAACAUAGAAAGCUUGGAUUUGUCACACAAUGAAAUCUCAGGUUCGAUUCCUCAAUCACUAGUGAAGCUCAAGCAAGUCUCAGUUUUAGAUUUGAGCAACAACAGGCUAACUGGUAAGAUUCCUGUUGGUUCGCAAAUGGACACUAUGACUGAAUUUGGAAACAACGCCGGAUUGUGUGGUAUGCAGAUUGGAGUCACGUGUCCUGAGGAUAUCCGACCGUCAAAAGAAAAAGAAAAAGAUGAUGAAGACGGGAAAAAUUCGUGGUUUUUAUGGGAGGGAACUUGGGUUGAAAAAGACGCCGUUGAAUGUCUGCAAAAAGCAUUGUCCAGAAGAUAUCUAGAUAUGAAUGUGAAUGAUAGUGUGGGAACAUUGGCUGUUGGGCACUUUCUUGAUAAAGACACAGUUGCCGCAGUGACCUUAGAUGCAGCUGUUGGUGAUACCAAAAUAAUGGCAGAUCGCUAUGGGUCAUCUUCUGUUUCUGAGACUGGUGAGCUUGAUCAAGAAGAACUUGCUAUGUGUUUGAUGAUGUUGUCGAAAGAUUCCGCGAAUUGGGCUGGUGUGAAUUCGGUUGUCGAAUCGUCGAACAAUAACUCUGCUGUUCUCGAGACGAAAUCGUCUUCGGUUGAAAGAAUCAGUAAGAAAUCAAGUGGCGGUUUGGAUGCCGAUACUGUUCAAUUCGAGAAUCUUACUGCUAGAAAAGUGGAAUCGGACAUUUCGGUUGAGGAAUUGCUUCGAUACGGUGACCCGAACAAGAAGUCGAAAUGGGUAUUCGAUAAAGCGCAAGAACUGACUUACGAACAGAAUCUCGAAAUAAGAAGGAAUUUGUUUAGAGAAUUCACGUAUUUGAAAAAAAGAGUUCGCGAUGAUGAUGAUUCGUAUACUCCUGAACUAGAACGCGAGGGGCCGAAUAAGAAACGAAAUAAGUACGAAUGCUUGAACUGCAACAAGCUUUUUACGUCGUUUCAAGGGCUUGGCGGGCAUAGACCGUGUCACAAAAGGAACAAUACGGUCACCACUUUGAAUUCAUGGACCACGUCGUACUAA